GUGCGAUUCAAACCCUAACUCUGCAAAUCUCCGGAAACCCUAAUCCUCCACAACAAACUUCACUAUCUUUUUUUGAUCUGGUUUCCAUAGGUGGUUAGGUAUGUCGAAUACAUGGAAUAAGCUGAAGAAAUCUCUGUCUGUGAAGUUUUCUUCUCAGUCUUCUUCGAUGUCACUUGAAGCUGCUCGUUCGUCCGAAAUUUCUGAGAAAGAUUUCCGAGCUUCGACGCCGACUUCAUCUUCAUCUGGUUUAAGGCUUUCAAGAGCGAAUAGCUGCAGCGGCAGAUCUUCCAAGAGAACAUGUGCUAUAUGCUUAGGGAACAUGAAACCAGGGCAAGGACAUGCCAUCUUCACAGCUGAGUGCUCCCACGCUUUCCACUUCAAUUGCAUUGCCUCUAGUGUGAAGCAUGGAAAUCAACUCUGCCCCAUUUGCCGCUCCAAGUGGAAAGACAUCCCUUUCCAAGCCCCCACUGGUGUCAUUGAUCCUCAAUUGAACGGCAUUGGACGGGCUCGUGUUGCACCUUUGGACUCCCCUCUAGAUGAAUUUCAUGCUUCCCUCCAUCGUCAACUUCCACAACUGCCUUUGCUCUAUGCUGAACCCCACCACUUCUCUGAUGAUGAACCCCUACUAAAUACCCCCAUCCCAGACUCAACCUCUCCCUCACUUUCAGCCCACCCAGUUCCAACUGUCAGGGCCUUUCCUGAGUUCCCUGCUGUACCGGCUACAGCGAACCGCCAUGCAUUUUCCGUGCUUAUAGGUGUAAAGGCACCGGCCCUCCCUGAUAACACCCGCCACCAUGACCACACACCUAUUGACCUUGUAACAGUGCUUGAUGUCAGUGGAAGCAUGGCAGGUACAAAGCUUACACUCCUCAAGCGUGCAGUCCGCUUUGUUAUACGCAACCUUGGACCUGCAGAUCGCCUUGCUAUAAUUGCUUUCUCGUCAACUGCUAGACGGAUAUUUCCACUUUGCCGGAUGUCUGAUACUGGCCGUGAUCAUGCUACAACGGCGAUAAAUUCCCUGAGAUCAACUGGUGGGACUAACAUAGUUGAAGGGCUCAAAAAAGGAGUCCGGGUUCUUGAGGAACGGCGUGAGCGGAACCCAGUUGCAAGUAUCAUCGUCCUCUCUGAUGGUAAGGAUACCUACAAUGUUAGCAAUCAAAACCAUCGUCAGAGCCCACAUAACCAAGCUUCUCCAAAUUCAAGACGGGUAUUGGAUUAUCUAAGCCUCUUGCCAUCUUCCAUCUGUCCUAAUAAUAGUGCUUCCAGAGAAGAGGGACGCAUAGCACCUUUCCCAGUUCAUACAUUUGGCUUUGGCUUGGAUCAUGAUGCUGCUGCCAUGCAUGCCAUAUCAGAUGCAUCAGGUGGGACGUUUUCCUUCAUACAAUCUGCAAGCAUAAUACAAGAUGCCUUCGCCAGAUGCAUUGGUGGCCUUCUCAGUGUAGUGGCUCAGGAACUGCGACUCACAGUGAGCUCAAUCUUUCCAGGGGUGUGCAUUGGCUCAAUACCUGCAGGAAAAUACUCCAGUGAGAUUUUAAACCAAGGCCAGCAGGGUCUAGUUGAAGUUGGGGAUUUGUAUGCUGAUGAAGAGAAAGAUUUCCUUGUUCAAGUCUCUGUCCCUGUGUUUUCGGCUGAGGAGUGUGGGGAAAGAGUGCCAACUACACCAUUGUUGUCUGUGGAGUGCUCUUACAAGGACCCACUAUCACAGGAGAUUGUCCAGGCAGAGAGUAAGAUAGUGGAGAUACGUCGGCCGGGGGUUCUAUCCUCAGAGGACAACACAAUGAGCUUAGAGGUUGACCGGCAACGGAACCGUUUGUGGGUCACAGAAGGUAUCACAGAGGCUCAGGGCAUGGCUGAGAAGGGAAAUCUUGAGGGUGCGCAAUCCAUUCUUGCAGCUAGGAGAUCAGCCCUAUUAGCUUCAGCAUCAGCUCAAGCAGGGGAUGGUCUGUGCAACUGGCUUGAAGCUGAACUGAAGGAGAUAAGGGAUAGGAUGGCAAGCCAAGAACUCUAUGAGGAGACAGGAAGGGCUUAUGUGCUUUCAGGCUUGAGCUCACACUCAUGGCAGAGGGCUACAACAAGGGGGGAUUCAGCAACACAUACCAUGGUCUUCAACAGAGAAGGUGAGAAUCAGAACAUGAGUGGGGUAAUGGGAUACGAGACGCCAUCGAUGGUGACCAUGGUGAUGAGAUCACAGACAAUUAACAUCAGAGCCGGUUCCCCUGAACAGGCUCAUGGGUUAAACAGGUCAUGCAGCUUGGGUGUUCCACGUCGAGGAUAGGAAUUGACAUUCCCAUCCACCCGUUCGCUACAGUAAGGGAUUUUUUUAUGUGGUGUAAAUAGCAGGAAUCUGAAAGUAAUUAAAGGGUUAAUCUCAGGUGGUAAGUAAAACAAACUAAUGGCUUCUCAAUUUCUCUCUCAAUUGCUAGUUUUGUGGUUUGAAAUUGAUCUAUUUCUUAUUUUAUGUAAUAAACAGAUUCAUAUUUAUGCCAUGGGAAAGGAGAACCAAGAUCGGGCAGAAAAUUUUAGUAGUUUAAAAAUCUCCACAACACGGUUUUAGUAA